UAACCUCAUCUCCUCUCUUUCCCUUCAUCCUUACACUUCUUUCAAUUUGGUGAUUUUGUUCAAUAUCCACCCCCAUUAACUUUUUCCUAGCUCUCUCUCUCUCUCUCUCAUGAAAACCUAAAAUAUUAUCAACCCAUCUAUAUAUAUAUAUAUCUACCUCAAAACCAUCUCUCUCACCCAGCUUAUUACCUUUGAUCACCAUCAUCAUGAGUAGAGAUCCCUACUCAAAUUACUUGAAUGGUUGGUUGAAUCUCAACCAAAUUCAUCAUCACCACAAUCCUCAUCAUCAUCAUCUUCAUCUUCUUCAUCAUAAUAAUCCAUAUAACUUCCCUUCUCCUUAUCAUGAUUACUUGACUAAUACAAGUAAUUAUAGUAAUAAUAAUACUACUACUACUAAUUCCACCACUAACAUCUGCUUCAAUAUCCAAAAUAAUAUUACUUCUUUAUCAUCAUCAUCAUCAUCACCUCCUUCACCUCCUCUCAAAGAGGUUCUUCCUCUCUUAAGCCUAAGCCCCACAAGAUCACCACCACAUCAUCAUCAUCAUCAUCAUCUUGAUCUUGAUCUUGAUCAUGAUCAGCACAAGGAGGAGGAGAAGAAGAAGAAGAAGAAAUUAGAGGAAAACAGCUUCUUAUUAUCAACAAGUAAUAAUGAAACUGUAACUGUGGCUUUGCAUUUAGGGCUUCCAAACCCUAUUGCUUCUACUACUACUACUACUUGUUCAGUUGAUUUGAUCUCAAGGCUGUCUUCCACAGAGAUCUCUGAUAACAAAGAUAGAGAUGAAGAACAAGAUCAAGAUCAUGUAUCAUCAUCAUCUGGGUACCAUUCAAACAGAUCAUCAGUGCUCAAUAAGGGCCAGUAUUGGAUCCCUACUCCUGCUCAGAUUUUGAUUGGUCCAACCCAGUUCUCUUGCCCUCUUUGCUUCAAGACCUUCAACAGAUAUAAUAACAUGCAGAUGCACAUGUGGGGGCAUGGAUCACAGUACCGAAAGGGACCAGAAUCACUAAGAGGAACACAACCAACGGCAAUGCUAAGGCUACCAUGCUUCUGUUGCGCACCAGGCUGUAGAAACAACAUAGACCAUCCAAGGUCAAGGCCACUCAAAGACUUUCGAACCCUCCAAACUCAUUACAAGCGAAAGCAUGGCAUCAAACCCUUCAUGUGCCGUAAAUGUGGCAAGGCCUUUGCCGUGAGAGGCGACUGGAGAACACACGAGAAGAACUGUGGCAAGCUCUGGUAUUGCACUUGUGGCUCAGAUUUCAAGCACAAGAGAUCUCUUAAAGACCAUAUUAAGGCCUUUGGGAAUGGCCAUGCAGCUUAUGGAGUUGACUGUUUCGACCAAGAUGACGAUGGUGAUGGUGAUGAAGGUGAAGGAGCCUCUGAAGUUAGCACUGAGCAAGAUAAUACUUAACCAAUUUCAUCCAUCGAUAGCUCCACAAUUUGGAGAUUUUAUAUAUAUGAAAACAGCUUUAAAUGUUAGUUAUAAUAAUAGUAGACUUAGAAGAAAUCUGAUCAUCAUGUUUUUUCUUCUUUUAUUAUUUCUUAUUAAUUAAUUUUCUUAUAUCUUCUUUUCACUAUCAUGACAUUAUUAUUAAUUUUUUUGUUUUGUUUACGUAUUGUUAUGGUUU